GAUUUCCAGCAGGAAGCAUGGAUUCAGUCAUUUAACACCCUUUGUUUCCUGUAGCAGGCUGGGCUGCAGGGUGAGAAACUUAAUUUAGCAAGGUUACAAAACUAUACAUGUGAGAUACAGGGUGUGGGAGUGUGAAUGAGGUAGAAAGACAGAGAUGGGUGUGUGAAAUGGGGGGGUUGUAGAGGAAGCGAGGGGGCAGAUAUGAUUUUCAGUGCUAUGGGAGAUCAGUGUAAGGGCAGGAUGGCCUUCAUCCCCUCCUACAGAUGCAUGUCUCUGACAAGUAAACUCCCACCCAUUACCCUCCUCUGCUGUCCCACAUUGGUUGUCCUUCGUGUCUGCACAGAGUGAAAAUGGCCAUUUGAGUGUAAAACUCCACCCUGCUCCAUUUAUACCUUGACUGGUUGUUUUGAGUUUCUACAUUCAAAGAGGUGUUGGCUUUAUUUUGUGUCAGCCAGCAAAAGUGUGCAGCUACGUUGGUGCUACUAAUAAAAGGGAAACAAAAUGAGACAGUGAGAACUAAUUUGAUCCAGCAGAGUAAUGCUCCCAUACAGUAGGUGGCGCUGCGCACGUUUAACGCUGGUUCUCAAUAAUCAAGAAGAAGAAAAGGAGCCUUUAUCGCUUCCGCUAAGAGCGCCGGUUCGUCAACAUGGAUGUUACCGCUGAACUGAUUCGGGAAGAUGGGUUUGCCGAUGAAAGUGGUGCCGCCAGGAUACAAGAGCGACUUCAGAAACGGCAUCAGGCGAGAAUAGAGGACGCCGAGCGGAGGAAGGAGGCGAAAGAGAGCCAGUCUGUCGCCGAGGAAAAAGGCGAGUAUUUCUCCAGCACUUUCAACAGGGAGCGGGCGUGUAUCGAGGAGCUGCUGUCCAGCUGCUCCGGAGCGGACCGGGCCGUGGCGACGCAGAGGCUGGAGCAGGCGACGGCCAAAAUCGUCCAGCUCCAGAAGUUUCUGAACGACAGCAUGUUGUUUCUGACACAGUACGAGCUAAGACAAGCCCAGGCUGCUCUCCAGAAACUCCAGACCUCCCUGGCUGAGACCAGAGAGGAGGCUCUGCCCAAGAAAAAGUUUGCCUUCCGGGCUCGCACCAAAGCAGCAGAUAAAGUCUCUGCACCGGUGUCAGACUCGGGUCCACCUGGUGCUGCCACACCUGCAGGUUCUGGUGAGGUGGACAGAGCAGCAGCCUCUGAGCAGUGCGGCUUCUCCAACAGGGACAGUGAGGUUCUCACCAAAACAUCCGAGGAGAUCCAGAAACGAGAUGUCCUGCUGACUCACCUGUCCAACUGCAAGGUCCGCCUGUUCGGUUCCCCCAGCACACUGCACCUGAAGCACAUCGACAGCUGUGAGAUCCUGUGCGGACCAGUGUCUAGUUCAGUAUUCGUUGAUCACUGCAGAAACAGUACACUGGGCUUCCCCUGUCAGCAGCUACGGACCCACAACACCACAGACACACAGGUGUAUCUGCAUGUCACCAGCCGAGCCAUCAUAGAGGACUGUCAUGGAGUUAGCUUCGCCCCGUUUUCUUGGUCUUAUCCUACUCUGGAGGAGGACUUUAGUGUGUCUGGCCUAGACCAGGACCGAAACAACUGGACCCAGGUGGAUGACUUCAACUGGCUCGCUGCAGGAACGCCUUCCCCCAACUGGACUGUCAUCCCAGAAGCAGACAGGAAAACCAGCUGGGAUCCUUAGAGUUUAACUUUUAAACCCUUUAUUUGCCAAACCAACGUGUCAAUCAAACCACCAGAUGAAAUGUUGUCACCCUGAAUACACAUAUAUGAACAUGUCCAUGUCACUCUAUGAAGAUUAGUUGGUUUAAUGAGGAUUUUCUUCCAAGCCAGGGCUGCACUGUUUUUUGUACACAAGAUACACAAGACAGUAUCAUACAAAGCUAGCCAUCUUAUGAUUUCCACCAAAAGGGCAGGAAUAGCAAAAUAAAACUGGGGGAAAAAAAUCCUAUUCUCUAUAUUAGCAAUUAACUUGGAGGUUUAAUUGGGAAUAUGCAGCUAAUUUCAUUCACUGAUUGUGUUGUACAGCUACGAAAAACAGCACUUUGUAUGACACGGUUAAAGAUGCACUGAUAUAUUGAACUGAAAAUACACCUGUCAGACUAAAUAACUAUCAAAAACAGAAUUAAAAGCCAUUCAGACUAUUAUAGUGUAAUUCUUAACAUCUUUAAAGCACUGUCUGCCACUGUCUUCAUUACAGUGGAUUUGAAUAAAGCUUCUGGAAAACAAGUUUCUGUUGUGCACUGAUCUCACAGAAUGCAACUAAAUCUAGUCUGUGCUUUGUUAAAAGUAACUGCCACUGAAACAAGAUGCAAAUAAAAAGUCUUCCUGCUCAACAA